AUGGGUCUAAAGACCGGGGCUCUAGAUUCUAAGUUGAAACUCCAAGAAGUGAAAGAGGUUAAACCAUGGCGUCCAAUUGAUGAAGUUCGGCUCCAAGAAGUUGAAGAGCUAAAACUUCAACAAAGGACUGAACCUGGACUCCAACAAGUUUCAGAGCUUCAAGCUAAACCUGGACUCCAACAAGUUUCAGAGCUUCAAUCUAAACCUCGACUCCAACAAGUUUCCAAGCUUCAAUCUACACCUCGACUCCAGCAAGUUUCCAAGCUUCAAGCUAGACCUGGAGCUAAGAAAACUGGACUAGUUCUACAGAAGGUUCAUCUAGAAGGACCAGAGCAGGGAUAUAACCUGGAUCUAGUGACCAGUAAGAACGUCAAGGUUGUCAAGGAGACCCUUCAGCAAGUUGGGGAAAUUCCCCUUCAAGAGGUUAAAGUUGUAAAUCAAGGAAGACAGAAAGGGGAUAGCCUGCUUUUACCAACUUAUCAUGAAUCCAGACACAAGCAGACGACUUUUUCACAAAAUAGAAAAUCAGCUGACAAACUGCAAGCACUCAAAAAUAUCAAUAAAUCCUCUGAACUUCCUGAUUAUAACAAGAUGAGUGAGGUUUAUCAUGAGAAAAAACUGAGAACAAAGAUGGUCUUACCAGGAGACAGGGUGGAUAGAACAGGGGUUAGAAGCUCUAGAGUUCAAGAGAAUCUUCAAGAAGUUCGACCAGUGUAUGUUCCUGCAGUAUCAGUUACUAGUUUGUUUAAUGAUGCUGGGUUACCAAGGAAAAAGUCUACUGAUUUUGAUAAGGAGUUUCAGGAUAAUACUCGGGUUCUGGAGAAAGUGAACUCUGGUUCUGAAAGUUAUGACAAUUCUAUUGAGAAGAGGAAAGCUGGAACGUACAGUGUACAGGGGGAUGGUAUAACAGUAGAAGAAUCUGGAAGCACUGAAUAUGGUCAGUUUAGCUCCUCUGGAUCCUCCCUAGCUGGUCAGGACACUAGUGGGAAGAAUACUCAGAUUAUUAUUACCCUCAACAAUAAUCCAAGUAUACAGGUCUUCCGAGAGAAGCAAACAGAUAAAUCUGAUCCCAAACAUUAUCCUAAGCCUCCAACUAUUCUAACAACAGUGAGACCUUCCUACACCACUACUAGACCAGGUCCUCCUUCACCUCCAGCUCCUCCUCCACUCACUUCUCCAGUUUCCGAAUAUACAGUAACGAAUGACUAUGAGGAUGAUGAAGAUGAUGAUAAGAUAAUAGCUGCGGUGGAAGCAGAAGAUUACUACUUUGAUAGUUUUGAUAAUACCAGGCAAACAAGUAGCGGUCAACUAACCGACAGCUAUGGAGUUCCUUUAUCCAAAAAGACAACAAAAAGACCUGUAGAUAACAGCAUACAAGGAUCUAGGGCGGGCAGAAGAAGAUUCAACCAAGGCUCAAGAAGCAACCAAAUAACUUCAGACACUCUUCAAUCAAGUUUUGAUAAUGCGUUUGAUCCAGGUUUGGUUGUUCAAGAGUUACUUCCUCCCCUGGAAACUCCUGACUCUAAUUCACCUCAGAACAAAUUAACUUUUACUUUGCCUAAACUGAUUCCCCCUUCUUCAUCUCCUUCUAAAAUAAACCCUUAUAACUCCCAGCCCUUGACAGUUACAUUAACAACUCCUGACCCAACAGAUGCAUCAGAACCAUUCACUUCCUUCUUCGGUUCAAACUCUAUUCCAUCUCCCCCUGCCCCUCCUCCUUCACCACCCCCUUCAUACUACACUGCACCAUCUCAGUCUACUCCUGAACCAUUUCAAAGACCGAUUAUACCUUCACUUCAAUCAGGACCUUCUCCUCCUUCACCUUUACCUUCUUACUACACUGCCCCUAUUGCACCACCUAUUUCUCCAUCUGUUCAGUCUGGUCCAGCUCCACCCUCCCCUCCUCCUUCCUACUACACUGCCCCUAUUGCACCCCCAAUUUCUGCAUCUGUUCAAUCAGGUGCAUCUCCACCCUCCCCUCCUUCUUCUUACUACUCUGCACCUAGCCAACAAAUUCCACCACCAAUUGCCCCAUCUACCCAAUUUGGCCCUCCACCACCUUCCCAACCAUCCACCUAUUAUUCUGCACCUAUAUCUCCUUCCGUCCAAUCAGGUCCUGCUCCCCCCUUACCUCCUCAAACAUCAUACUAUUCGCCACAAACUCAACAAAUAUCUCCAUCUGCUCAAUCAGAUCCUUCUCCACCCUCAAUACCGCCAUCAUCAUACUACUCCACACCAAAUCAACCAAUUGCACCUUCACCUCAAUCUAGUUUUGCACCUUCGUUACAGCCAAAUCCUCCUCAACAAUCACAUACUCCUCCUCAACAGUUUGCCCCUGUGGGUCCCCCCAAGCAGUUCUACAAUAGUCCCUCUUCCGACUUAUCUGCUCCAGUAGACAACUCUUACUCUGCUCCUAGAGCUCCUGUUAUCCAACCAGAUGAAACACCAUGGCAACCUUCCAAACCUCAAGAUGAUAGACCAUCCUACAAACCUCCUCAAGAUGAUAGACCAUCCUACAAACCUCCUCAAGAUGAUACUAAGCCAUCCUUUGCCCCACCUGCAUCUAAUGACAACUCAGUAAGCAGCGGAGAUAUACAUUACCAUAUUCACGUUGGUAACACUCAGGAACUAAAGGAUAUUCAAGCUCAGUUUGGAGAUUCAGUUGAAUCCAACCCUCCAGCCCCUCCACCAAGAGUAAGACCACCUCCACCUACGCGAGCUCCAGCUCCCCCUCUAACUAGAGCACCUGCUCCUCCUCCUAUAAGAACAAGAGCACCCCCGCCCCGGCCCUAUAAAAUCCAGUAUAUACCCCAAACUGUUCAAAUUUUACAAAACCCCCGACCUCAAUAUCUAUCUAAACCUGUUCGAUACCUAACCAGGCCAGCUCGGGAUCAGAAUAGCGAUGAAACAUGGAAAAGCAAAUUAGAGGAGAUGACCAACCUAAAAUGUGUUUUCUGGUGUGCUUUUCAAACCAAGGGUUCUCAACCUUCAGACCACAAAUAAACAUGGAUUUGGAGAACAAAUCUGUUAAACGGAAAAUCUAUGAAAAGUCUAUCUUUUGUUUAAGUUGCUCAUUGUUAAAUAAUAUUGAGGUUUCUCUGAUAGAAAGUUAAUAAUUUUGUUAACUGUUCAAGCAUGAUUAGUUUAAAAUACCAUUACCUUAUUUCUUGUAUGAAGGGCAGACAUAAAGGAAUUCUGAAAAGGGGGCGGGGAAAUAACAACUGCCCCCUCCCCCUCAGGGCCUUCCAUUAAAUUUUGGUGCAAAAGUUCGAAUAAAAGUUGUCCUGUUUUAUUUAAGUCUUUAAAUCGACAUUUUGAGAUCCCAAGUUUGACUCUUUUCCGAUAUGUCCAUUGUACAAUGUAAGCAGUACAUGGAUACCUGAAUUUAAAAAAAAAUCAUGAUUUGAGGUUGUUUAAAACAGCUCUUAAAAAAAAUAUUGAAACAUGUUCUAUAUGUUUAUCUAAAGCUUUUGAAUAAAGUAUAGUAUUUUUAAAAUUAAAAACAUUAUGUCUUGUUAUUCAUCAUUUAGUAGAUACUAUG